GGGGGGGGGGAAGCAGGGGGGACCCCGACACCCGCCCGGACGCCUGGGUCCCCGGGAAGGCCUGCGCUCCCCCGCCCGGACGCCUGGGUCCCUUUGGGGGGAGCAGGACCCCCCUGCACCCAGACGCCUGGGUCCCCCCGGAGCCCGGGGCGGGGGGAAGGGGGCUGCCCGGACGCCUGGGUCCCCUGGGGGGGUGCGUGGGGCUGACCCUCACCCGGACGCCUGGGUCCCACCCAGCCGUGUGGGUGGCGGGAGCCCCCCCGGCCACGCCACCCCCCGGAGCAGCACCCGCUGGGUGACGCACCCGGGGCCGAUGGGUGCCGGCCCCACGCCCGCCCCGACAUGGAGGUGAGGGGCCACAUCAUCCCCCCCGGCACCUACAGCCCUGCAGGGGCGCCCGCGGGGCGGCUGCAGGAGCUGCGGGAGCGGCAGCGGGGGCUGCGCCAGGCCCUGGGGCUGCGCCUGCGGGAGCUGCGGCGCCUCUGCCUGCAGGAGGCCGAGCUGACAGGAAAGCUGCCCCCUGAGUACCCCCUGGAGCCCGGCGAGAGGCCCCAGCCCCCCCCACGCCGCCGGGCCGGGGGGGCCCCCCGGGGUCCCCCCCCUGAGGCGGCGCGGGCGGCCCGGCGGGAGGUGGCGGUGCAGGUACAGGUGGUGGAGGCCGCCCGGCGCCUUGCGGCCGCCCCGGGGCUGCCCCCCGAGCAGCGCCGCCGCCGCCAACGCUUGCAGGCCGAGGCGGCCCAGCGGCUCCGGCAGCUCCGCGCACAGCUUGGCGCCGCCGCGCACGAUGAGAACGGGUCCCUCUGCGACCUGCCUGCGCUGGAGAACGGGGCCCUGCCAGGGCUGCCCCCCCCAAAGCCCCCCCCAAGCGGAGCCAGCCGCCCCUCACCACCCCGGGCUGGAUCUGGCAGCCCCGACCGCCGGCCACCCUGGCCUCCCGAGGCCGCUGUAGGGGGACCUGGCCGCCGCAGCUCCCUCGCCAGCCCUGCCAGCCCGGCACGGACCCUGCCCCGCAGCGCCUCCAGCUUCGAGGGCCGCAGUGUCCCGGCCACCCCCGUCUUGGCUCGCAGCCCCUGUGCCCGCGGGCACCCGCUCUGCCGCCCCGAAGCGCUGGGGCUGCCCCCCCGGCCCUGGUCGGGCAGCCAGGACUCGCAGCUUGGGGGGGCCCCGGCACCCGGCCCCCCCCCCACCGGCCCCCCGCACCCGCCGCAGCAACAGCUCGGAGGCCUUGAUCGACUGGGGGAGCCCCCCCGAAAGUGCCCCCGAGGCUGCCCGGGGCCGGGGGGGCCCCCCCUCAGCCGAGCAGCGCCGCAGCCAGAAGUGGCUGGCUCUGGAGGGGCUGCGGGACUGGUACCUGCGGCACACGGGGGCCCCCCCAGCCGCCCCCCCUGGCCCUCGCCUGCCACCCCCUGGCCCUGCCUGGGCCCCCCGCCGCCGUGACCCCCCUGGUCUGCCCCACUCACUCAGCUACGCCGGGGCCCUGGCGCCCAGGUAUGGGGUGCCCUGGGGGUACCGCGCACCCCUCUUUUAGGGGGGGGCAUGGGGGCAAGCCCUGGUUUGGGGGCAUGAUGUGAGACCCCACCCAGGGAGGCUGAAAUCCCUGGUUUGGGGACCCCCCUGUCCUUUGGGGACCCUCCCGUCCUUUGGGGAUCAGUAUGUAUCCCAUUGGCGACCCUGAAUGUCCCCCCUUCAGGGGUCCCCAUGCCCAUUGGGGACCCCCAAGCAUCAUUACCUUGAGGACAAGGAAGGCCCCGAUUUGGGGGCACAGAUAGCUCCAGUUUGGGGGCCCCCAUCUUUCAAGGACCCUUAAACGUCCCCAGACCGGGCACUCCCAUGUGGGGACUGCUCAUGCCUCACUAAGCUCUCUCGGGGGACACCCUGAAUGUGCCCCCUUUGGCCCCCACCAAACCUCCCCCUUCAGCCCCACCCCACGGGGCACCCCCAGAACCCCCCAAGUUGCCCCCAUUCAGGGUCCCCCAGCAGCCCCCCCAACCUGCCAGCAGCCCCACUUUUGGGGUCUCCCACAGGGGCCCCCUCCCCAAUUCCCCCAUGCUGGGGCUCCCCCCCAGCCCUUUUGGGGGGUCUGUCUUGCCUUGCCUCUUUUUUUUCCUCUUUUCUUUUCUUAAUUCCAGGGGGAGACCACCCCAUCCCCAGGACCUGGGGGGAGGGCCGAUGGGGGACCCAGGCAUCUGGGGAGGGGGGCAGGGGCUGUGUUUGGGGAGCUAAUUCCUGUUUCUCUUCUCUCUCUUUUUCCUGUUUUUUGGGUUUUUGUGUGUGUGUGUGUUUUUCUCUUUAUUUCUUUUAUUUCCUUUUUAUUCCCUCUGGACCCUUCUCUCCCUGCUCCCCCCUCACCCAGGGCCUCAGGGGACACCCCCACGGCCGCCCCCCCUCCCACCACGGACCCGCAGCCCCCCGGCACCCUGGUGUGACCCCCAAACCCAAGGGGUCACACCCCCCAAAUCACUCCAUUCUCCCCCCUUGCUGCGUGUGGGAAGAGCUCCCCAGAUUUGGGUGGGCCCUCCUCUGAAUUUGGGGGGAGAUCCAAACCCAGGGCCCCCCCAGCUGCUCCUGGCGAGCAGUGGGUUUUGGGGGGCCCCUGUCACAUGCUCCCCCUUGGGAGCAGGGGUCUGGCGGGAGGGGGGGAACACAGUGGGCUUCAAUACAGAGACCUGCUGCCA